AUUUGUGAUUUCUCUUUUAUCCCCCUCUCCUCUCAUUUUCCCCUACGUUUCCUUUUUCCCUUCUCCAUUUCCCUCUAUUUCCCACUCCAAUCAACCUUCUACGUAGAGGUUUACUUCGUGGAGAUUAGCUAAGAAACCUAUGGAUUUGGAUCUCAUUCUCUUUUCAACGACAGGAAGUAGAACUACAACAGCUUGAAGCUAGUUGGAAGAAAGAAAAGCUGUGAUUCUUGGAAAAAAAGAAUUUCAAGAUUUUGAGGGGAAAACAGAUUGAUCCUGCCUUGCUGGGUUUCAAGGUUUCAAGCAACCGCAUUUUGAUGGGUGAGAUCCAACGCCCUGAUGAUUAAUUGUUCUCAUCUGCGCGUACCGCAUCAUGUUGUACAUUUCCCGUAAUUUUUUUUUCUUUUUGCUGUCUUUAGAUAAUUUUCAUUUCUGUACAGACUCAUAGUUGAUUGAUUGAUUUUUCGGUUUGAUCAAAAAAAAGAUUUUGAGGGAAAAAAUAUAAAGAAGACAAAAGAAGUGUAAGGAUAGUAGUUUUGUUUUUUUCCCAUUUUUGGUUCGCUCGGCGUUGGAAAAUGAGCGCCUCCAGGUUCAUAAAGUGUGUCACUGUCGGUGAUGGCGCCGUCGGCAAAACCUGUUUGCUGAUUUCCUACACCAGCAAUACUUUUCCUACGGACUAUGUCCCGACUGUUUUCGACAAUUUCAGUGCAAAUGUUGUUGUUGAUGGCAGCACCGUCAACUUAGGUUUAUGGGAUACUGCAGGUCAGGAGGAUUACAAUAGGUUAAGACCACUGAGCUAUCGCGGGGCAGAUGUCUUUAUUCUUGCAUUUUCUCUCCUAAGCAAGGCCAGUUACGAAAACAUUGCCAAGAAGUGGAUUCCUGAAUUAAAGCAUUAUGCACCUGGUGUUCCAAUAAUUCUCGUUGGAACCAAGCUUGAUCUCCGAGAUGAUCAGCAGUUCUUUAUAGACCAUCCUAAUGCAGCGCCCAUUUCCACAGCUCAGGGAGAGGAACUAAGGAAGCAGAUAGGGUCUCCUGCCUACAUUGAGUGUAGUUCAAAAACACAGCAGAACAUGAAGGCAGUGUUCGAUGCGGCCAUUAAGGUAGUGCUCCAGCCUCCGAAGAAAAACAAGAAGAAAAAGGCACAUGGUGGUUGCUCAAUAUUAUGAUUGACGGAAGAUUUGGUCUUGCCAGCUUAUUGCUGCUUGUAUCUCUAUCACCGUCAGCUUGACAUUCAAGGAGUAGCAAAGCCAUUAUGUAUAGUCUGCCAAGUUUAAACCGACAUUGUAGGAUUUCCUUAAAAAUGAAAGAAUCAAGUGGUUUUUCUGUUUUUGGUUUGUGUUUCUUAUUGUCGAAUCUAUAUGAAUGAUGAUAAAGCUA